ACCGCCCCUUCCUACCUGUUGGCACUUUAGUUUCACUUUGUGUGCUCGUCGUCGUGUCGCAGCUUCUUGUCUCCAUCUAAAGACCUGGUCCAGACAGCAGAGAGCUGCAGAGUGAUGAAGUCCAUGAGAAGAAACUGAGAGGCUGCAGGUUAUCACCAACAUGAAAAGGACCCAUCAGAGACCAGACUCACCUGGACCAGAACCUGAACCUGAACCUGACCCUAACCCCAGCUGUGCGUCCCCCAAGUCUGACCUGUCACAUGAACAUGGCAUCGAUGUUAAAAGACGAAAAGUCUCUGCGGCACAUUUCCAGCAGCAGAGAGAAAAGUCCCCUGUACCCAGCUGUGUGUCCAUGAAGAGUGAUGCGUCUAUGGGUCGUCUGUUUGACUUCAAAGAUGGACGUCCUUCUUCUGACCUGCUAGUGGACCAGGAGAGCUCAGAGGUUCCCAGUGGUCAGUCUGCCCAGCAGCAUCAAACACACCUGGACUCCAUAUUUAUGCCGCUGGAGGAGAACAUCGUCACUUUUGUGAAGAACGAGCUGAAGAAUAUCCAGAAGGUUCUGAGUUCAGAUUACCCAGAAUGCUUAGAGAGUCAGAGAGAGGAUGAGGAGGUGUUGGAGGGUGAGGAGGAAGAGCAGAGGAGGAGCAGCAGAGAGGCAUUUCUGAAGAUCACACUGAACUUCCUGAGGAGAAUGAAGCAGGAGGAGCUGGCUGACUGUCUGCAGAGCAGACAUCUUUCUGCAGUCUGUCAGCGUAAACUGAAAUCUAACCUGCAGAAGAAGUUCCAGUGUGUGUUUGAGGGGAUCGCUAAAGCAGGAAACCCAACCCUUCUGAAUCAGAUCUACACAGAGCUCUACAUCACAGAGGGAGGGACUGCAGAGGUCAAUGAUGAACAUGAGGUCAGACAGAUUGAAACAGCAUCCAGGAAACCAGACAGACCAGAAACAACCAUCAGACAAGAAGACAUCUUUAAAGCCUCACCUGGAAGAGAUGAACCAAUCAGAACAGUGAUGACAAAGGGAGUGGCUGGCAUUGGGAAAACAGUCUUAACACAGAAGUUCACUCUGGACUGGGCUGAAGACAAAGCCAACCAGGACAUACAGUUCACAUUUCCAUUCACUUUCAGAGAGCUGAAUGUGCUGAAAGAGAAAAAGUACAGCUUGGUGGAACUUGUUCAUCACUUCUUUACUGAAACCAAAGAAGCAGGAAUCUGCAGGUUUGAAGAGUUCCAGGUUGUGUUCAUCUUUGACGGUCUGGAUGAGUGUCGACUUCCUCUGGACUUCCACAACAAUGAGAUCCUGACUGAUGUUACAGAGUCCACCUCAGUGGAUGUGCUGCUGACAAACCUCAUCAGGGGGAAACUGCUUCCCUCUGCUCGCCUCUGGAUAACCACACGACCUGCAGCAGCCAAUCAGAUCCCUCCUGACUGUGUUGACAUGGUGACAGAGGUCAGAGGGUUCACUGACCCACAGAAGGAGGAGUACUUCAGGAAGAGAUUCAGAGAUGAGGAGCAGGCCAGCAGAAUCAUCUCCCACAUCAAGACAUCACGAAGCCUCCACAUCAUGUGCCACAUCCCAGUCUUCUGCUGGAUCACUGCUACAGUUCUGGAGGAUGUGAUGAAGACCAGAGAGGAAGGAGAGCUGCCCAAGACCCUGACUGAGAUGUACAUCCACUUCCUGGUGGUUCAGACCAAAGUGAAGAACAUCAAGUAUGAUGGAGGAGCUGAGACAGAUCAUCACUGGAGUCCAGAGAGCAGGAAGAUGAUUGAGUCUCUGGGAAAACUGGCUUUUGAUCAGCUGCAGAAAGGCAACCUGAUCUUCUAUGAAUCAGACCUGACAGAGUGUGGCAUCGAUAUCAGAGCAGCCUCAGUGUACUCAGGAGUGUUCACACAGAUCUUUAAAGAGGAGAGAGGACUGUACCAGGACAAGGUGUUCUGCUUCGUCCAUCUGAGUGUUCAGGAGUUUCUGGCUGCUCUUCAUGUCCAUCUGACCUUCAUCAACUCUGGAGUCAAUCUGAUGGCAGAAGAACAAACAACAUCCCAAAGUUCUGAAUUCUUCAGAGACAAACAGAAUCUUAAGUAUCUCCACCAGAGUGCUGUGGACAAGGCCUUACAGAGUCCAAAUGGACACCUGGACUUGUUCCUCUGCUUCCUCCUGGGUCUUUCACUGCAGACUAAUCAGAAACACCUACGAGGUCUGCUGACACAGACAGGAAGUAGCUCACAGACCAAUCAGGAAACAGUCCAGUACAUCAAGAAGAAGAUCAACCAGGAUCUGUCUGCAGAGAGAAGCAUCAAUCUGUUCCACUGUCUGAAUGAACUGAGUGAUCGUUUGCUAGUGGAGGAGAUCCAACGGUACCUGAGUUCAGGACGUCUCUCCACAGAUAAUCUGUCUCCUGCUCAGUGGUCAGCUCUGGUCUUCAUUUUACUGUCAUCAGAAAAAGAUCUGAAUAUGUUUGACCUGAAGAAAUACUCUGCUUCAGAGGAGGCUCUUCUGAGGCUGCUGCCAGUGGUCAAAGCCUCCAACAAAGCUCUACUGGGUGGCUGUAACCUCUCAGAGAGAAGCUGUGAAGCUCUGUCCUCAGUUCUCAGCUCCCAGUCCUCCAGUCUGAGACACCUGGACCUGAGUAAGAACCACCUGAAGGAUUCAGGAGUGAACCUUCUGUCUGAUGGACUGAAGAGUUCACACUGUACACUGGAAACUCUCAGUCUGUCAGGCUGUCUGAUCACAGAGGAAGGCUGUGUUUCUCUGGCCUCAGCUCUGAGCUCCAACCCCUCCCAUCUGAGAGAACUGGACCUGAGCUACAAUCAUCCAGGAGACUCAGGGGUGAAGCUGCUGUCGGCUGGAGUGAAGGAUCCACACUGGAGACUGGACACUCUCAGGGUGGAGCCUGCUGGAGUCCGAUGGUUGACACCAGGUCUGAGGAAGUAUUCCUGUGAACUCACAAUCGACACAAACACAGUGAACAGAGAGAUCAAACUGUCUGACAACAACAGGAAGGUGACACAUGUGGAGGAGGAUCAGUCAUAUCCUGAUCAUCCAGACAGAUUUGACCCCUGUCCUCAGUUGCUGUGUAGAAAUGGUCUGACUGGUCGCUGUUACUGGGAGGUCGAGUGGAGAGGAGGGGUUUCUGUAUCAGUGAGUUACAGAGAAAUCAGGAGGAGAGGAGACAGAGCUCACUGUGGGUUUGGAGAGAAUGAUCAGUCCUGGAGUCUGACCUGCUCUGAUGGUGGUUACAUUGUCUGGUACAAUAACACAGCAACAUUCAUCUCCUCCUCCUCCUCCUCCUCCUCCUCCUCCUCCUCCGGUAGAGUAGCAGUGUAUGUGGACUAUCCUGCUGGCACUCUGUCCUUCUUCAGAGUCUCCUCUGACACACCGAUCCACCUCCACACCUUCAACACCACAUUCACUGAACCUCUUUAUCCUGGGUUUUGGCUCUUGUCACCUGAUUCCUCAGUGUCUCUGUGUUCUCUGUAGGAGGGAGAGUCUCCUCCUGUCAGAGAAACUUUCUCACUGCUGAACAGAUAGUUCAGUCUGUACAGGAUCACACACAGCUAAUGGUAGUUCAGAGAAUGUGUGUAGGAUGGAGUUUGUCCUGAGGGUGGCGCUAAAGAAAACACUCUGGACUCCACAGAUGAUUCGUUUUCUGCUCAACUGUUUUUAUUGAUGAUUUUUGUGUAAACUUUUAAUUUCUCUUCAUUCUCCCUCCAAAGUUUUCCUCCAGUGGUCAGAGUGAGUAACUGCAGCUCUCUCCAUACAACACUGUUCAUAUUCAUAUACACAACUGCAUACUAGCAUUUCCUAUGAAUCCUUUCAGAAUAAAGUGUUCG